ACGGAAACCAUGGCAUCUCUCACUUGCGCCUUUGGAAAGAACGUUGCCAUUUCGCGCGGCAGGAAUGUGCGCCCAGCGGCAAGACGCCUGUCGGUUGUAGCCUCAGCUCAGCCUCAGGUCCCCGUUUCCCGGCGGGAGGUGCUGGGCGCAUCCGCUGCGGCUAUCUCUCUCCUGUUGAGCUCAAGCCCUGCCCAUGCAAUCUUUGGCUUUGCCGACGACAAUGCGAAGCUGUUCGCGGACUACACUAGCGAGACGACCGCCAUCCUUACAAAGGUCAAGUCCACCAUCGCGCUGGAUAAGGACGACCCGGCCAAGGAGGACAGCGUCAAGUCCCUGCGCAAGGACAUCAACAGCUGGGUGGCCAAGUACCGCCGCGAACCCAAGGUGGCGGGCAGGCCGUCGUUCGGGAACACCUACUCCGCGCUCAACGCACUAGCGGGGCAUUUCAACUCCUUCGGGACCACCGCCCCCAUCCCCAAGAAGCGCAUGGAGCGCCUCCAAAAGGAGCUGGACGACGCAGCCACCCUUCUGAGCCGCAACCGCUGAUAAUCAGGAGAGAAAGCUUGCUGGCCGACGUCCACAGUCGUAUUUGGAGUCUGUGCCCGGGAAGCCGCAUAAAGGCAGCCUGCAGUUGCCAUUUUGUUUUUUGGCGUCGCUGGGUAUGAAUAAUACCGGUGUUUUUUGAGGAAUGGAGUGGCUGGAGGGUUUUACAGCGUGAGUUCUUAC